AUGUAUUCAAAAGCUGGUGUCAAACUUGUAUAUUUACCCCCAUACUCUCCGGAUUUGAACCCAAUCGAGGAGCUUUCUGCUGAGCUGAAAACCUUCAUACGGCGUCAUUGGCAAUCUGGUGCACUGAAAAGGCGGGUGCAAGGGAGUAAAGUGCAAAAGGACAUUUUCGGAAUGCAGGAGGAACAAGAAUUUGACGCAAGCAAACGGUUAAUAUCCGGACCAGGGAAUAAGAGUGUUUUGUAUCUCUUGUCACUAAGGGUCAGAGCAUGCUUUUGCGUACGCCUAGUUACGCACAAAACUGUUAUUCUCUGA